AUGGGUGAGAGCGAGUGUGUUGUGUGUGUACCUGAUUAUUGCAGGGGAGUUCUAUUAAACGUCAACGCCGCCCAAGAAUCUAAUGUUGAUGAUGAUCAUGAUGUGGAGCUACAUACAUACGACGACCUGCAGGUGGUGGUGGAGAAUGGGCUCAUGCAAGUCAAUUUGUCCAGGCCGGCGGGUGACGUUGUUGGAAUUACUUAUGGUGGUAUAGAUAACUUGCUCGAAAAUCACAAUAGAUGGGAGAAUAGAGGGUAUUGGGAUGUAGUUUGGAAGCAGCCAGGAGGUCCUGGUGGUAACACCUGGAGAUUGGCAGCAACAAAUUUCACGAUUAUAACCGAGACCAAAGACCAAGUAGAGCUUUCAUUUACAAAAAUAUGGGAUGCUUCUAAUAAUUCGCUCCACGGAAAGACAAAUAUUCCCUUAAAUGUAGACAGAAGGUACAUAUUUCGACGUGGAAUUUCAGGAUAUUAUUCAUACGCUAUAUUUGAGCGCCUUAAGGGAUGGCCGGCUUUGUUUCUGGGUCAGAUUAGGGCUGUUUACAAGCUGGAACAGGACAAUUUUCACUACAUGGCAAUAUCGGACAAGAAGCGGAGGAUCAUGCCAACGCCGCUAGAUCGCAAAAGAGGUCAACCCCUUGCCUACCCGGAAGCUGUUCUUUUAACAAAUACGACCUCCAAUCCUGAACUAAGAGGAGAGGUGGAUGACAAGUACCAGUACUCGAUGGAAGAUAAAGAUAUUAGGGUUCAGGGGUGGAUGUCGGUUGCCCCACCUGUUGGAUUUUGGAUCAUUACACCCAGUAAUGAGUUCCGUACAGCGGGGCCCAUCAAACAAGAUCUCACUGGCCAUGUGGGCCCUACUCUGCUAUCUAUGUUCAUGAGCACUCAUUAUACUGGUAGGGACUUACACAUGAGAUUUGAAGACGGAGAGCCAUGGCAAAAAGUUUUUGGUCCUGUAUUUGUCUAUCUCAACUCCGGUUCCACCAAAACUCGUAAAAGACUCUGGGGCGAAGCUAAACAGCAGAUGUUGCGUGAAGUCGAUAGCUGGCCAUACAAUUUCACUAAGUCGGAAGAUUUCCCUUCUGCUGACCAACGGGGAACAGUUGUGGGUCAAUUGCAAGUCGAUGACCGGUACAUCACUGAUGAAAAACUAAUGAGGGCAAAAUCUGCUUACGUGGGUUUGGCUGCUCCUGGACAGGUCGGCUCAUGGCAAAUAGAAAGCAAGGGUUACCAAUUCUGGACCCAAGCUGACGACGAGGGACAUUUCAUAAUUAAAAACGUCCGACCAGGAGACUACAAUUUGUAUGCAUGGGUCCCUGGUGUGAUUGGAGAUUACAAAAAUGACAUGCAAAUUACUAUUAAAGCAGGCUCGAAAGUGGAAUUGGGUGUGGUUGUGUAUAGGCCUCCGAGAAAUGGUCCAACUCUGUGGGAAAUUGGCAUUCCUGACCGGACCGCUGCUGAGUUCUUUAUACCGGACCCAAAGCCAACGCUCACAAACCGAUUGUUCAAUCACUCAGAAAAGUAUAGGCAAUAUGGCUUAUGGGAUCGGUAUGCAGAUUUAUAUCAGGAUGAUCAGGAUCUCAUUUAUACUGUUAAUAUUAGCAAUUAUAGUAAAGAUUGGUUCUACGCCCACGUUACAAGGAAACUAAAUAAUCAAACAUACGAAGGAACAACAUGGCAGAUCAAAUUUGAACUGGAAAAUGCCACCAACGAUGGAAACUACACACUGCAGUUGGCAUUGGCGUCUGCCCAUUUUGCUGAAAUACAGGUUCGGUUCAAUGACCUGAGUCUACAACGUGCACACUUCUCAACGGGACUCAUAGGAAGGGAUAAUGCGAUAGCAAGACACGGAAUUCACGGAUUAUAUCGGUUGUACAGCAUUGAGGUACCAAGCAAUCUAUUGCGAGAAGGAACCAAUACGAUCUAUCUCACACAGUCAAGGAGGAGAAGUCCUUUUCAAGGAGUCAUGUAUGACUACCUUCGUUUAGAAGGGCCUCCCCCCCCGAACUCCUCGGAC